UGAAACAUAUUUUGCAAAUAUGUUGACUUAACUCUUAAGUAUAUAUACUUAUUUCCAUAGAUUUCAUAUCAGUUCCUUAUUCUAUGAGCAGAAAAUUUCUCGACAACAGUCAAUCAUAUCGGUGAUGAUCUAUCAACAUGGUCAGUAAAUCUUUAAUAAUUAUCGCCUUUCUGCUGUGUGCAAUUCUAGACUUUAAUAAUGCAGUAGAUAGUUCUAUAUUUGAAGACGAGGAAGAUUACGAGUCAUCUGGAAGCGAAGGAGAUGAAGACGAUGUAGUGUAUCCUUCCUUGAGCUGUUUGAUUUUCGAAGACAUCGGUUGCAACAGUCAAUGCGUAGUGAUCAGCGACGCCUUUGGUACAAAAUCCACUGGAAUUUGUAACGACGAAAACUUUUGCGAAUGCAACGUCGAAAAUGAAAAUUCUUUCGACGACGAAGAUGCCGGUAAAUUCAUCAAAAAUGGUAAACCAAACUUCACCGCUAUAAAAAAACACGUUUCCGACAAAUUACCAAAAACUCUGAAAUCCGCCGAUAUCAAAGACUUAUCAGUGCUAAAAUAUAGACCAAUUUUACUCGAUAUUCUCAAGGAAGCCGAGAACGAUUCCGAAGCUUUUGACCAACUAGCACUCGACAUUCGUCGCACCAAAAAUAAAUCUUUGGGCGAUGUUCUAAGCCAAUACCUGAAGAAAAAUAAACUCAAAGAACCAAUGGAAAACAUACAGAACCAACUCAGCGUAGCCGAUAUCAUGGCAUACUACGUAGUUGACGAGUUAGUCAAGAAAGUGGACGGAAAAAAUUCCAUCAAAAGAGUUAACACGUCUGCCAGAAGACCUGCUACAAAGAAGGGAAAAACUUCGCCUGAGAAAGUAGUCAACUAUGAAAGAAUCUCACCAUCCAUGGAAGCAAGUAAGACACCUGCCAACAAAACAGGUAAUCCUUCCUCAAUGAAAGAUCGUUUCACGCUCGAAGACUUCGACCAAAGUCAACUGAAAGGCUAUGGAUUACUGAAUAAGAACUGGAAAGGAGCUGGAUACAAAGUAAGCUAUCAAAGAAGCCGCAAAGGUGACAUAAAUUUAAACUGGACCAAAGGCCAGGACCAAGUGAGUAUACAAUGGUAUGCCACAAAAGACGUCAAUCAGACUUGGAACUUCCAAAACGAAAACGUUAGCGUGACUAUAUCUAAAACUGCAGACGGUGAUAUCAAUGAAAGCUGGAAUUUUGGUAUGGUGAAAUACCAAUUUUCUAAAUCCGGCGGUAAAUUUCCCAAUGCUAAUUGGAGCAGUGGUAAAUCAAGUGAUAAUACUCGUAUGUUAAGACAGUAUCAUCGAUAUAUUGAUUCUUGGUGUGAGGCAAACAAUUUCCUCAUCAUACGAGAAUAUUGCGUCAUUUAUAAUAAAAUAUGAUUGCAUAAGCAUAAAUCAAUAAAUUGUUACCUAUCCA